AUGAUGGCGAGUCUCAUGUUUGAUUUGAUGGCUAGCAAGGGCUGCUCUCCGGAUGUAGUCACUUUAAAUUCACUCAUAGACGGAUGUUGUAGGGCUAAGAGGGUGGGCGAUCUUGAUGCUGCUCAAGACCUUUUCCAGGAGAUGAUUUCUCAUGGUGUGUGCCUAUAUCGUAACUUUGGCAUUUUGCUGGACGGUCUCUGCAAUCAUGGGAAAGUAGAAAAGGCAUUGGAAAUGUUCAAGGUUAUGCAGAAGAGUAAGAUGGAUCUUGAAUACUGCUGUUUAUAA